CCAAACAAUGCUAGUUUAGUGUUUAGCGGAGCUCGUCUCUCAGAAGCACGCGGACAGUGCUUGUACGAAAGAGACAAAGGAAAAUGAAAACUCAUACAAGACGCUUUGACUAAGAUAUUUAUUGUUUACACGAACUGAAGUUAUUUUAUUGGAAAUUUAACCAGGAGAGCGCUUUAUAUCGCCGGCUCAGUCGCACGGUAACCAGUUGUUUACAAUCACGGGCUCGUUCUCAGUCAUCUGUCAGUUUUAUCCGCUGCCGAAGCGCGUAACUAGUUCAUUUGGAAGCUGUGGAGUUUAAGUCCGGCUUAAACCAUGGAGAAAUCCCUGCGGCAAGAAACAGCGACGAUUAUUAACUUUUCAUGAAGAUCACUUUUUGUCGAGAUUACGGCCGGAAUAAUAUUUUUCACUAUAACAACACAGAUCUCGUCUCUGAAAAAGUAUGCCUGGAAAGCGCAUAUUACCACGUGCAAGUUGUACGGUAAAUUGCUACUUAUUGUUUAUAGGAAUUAUUUACUGCUCGCACUUUUUCGAGAAUGGAAUAUCGUUUGAAAUUAUAGAAGUCUUCGAGGGUUUACCGCCUGGAAGUGCUAUUUUGAACUUGAACCGAAACUAUAGCGUUGCUUACUCGCUAUAUCACAGUUCUGCAACAGCUGAUGGUUCCAACCUGUUUUAUAUUGACUCAAAGGGGAUUCUCACUUCCAAAGUAACUUUGGAUCACGAAGAUGAGCGAGGAAACGUGUUUGAUUUGGUGGUAAUAUCGCGGGAAAUCUCCAGAACUGAAGGUGGCCUUGCCAGCAUUGUGCGUGUUCGAAUACUCGAUCAGAACGAUCACACGCCCAAAUUUCCCAAAGAUUUAUAUACUGCCACGGUGGCAGAGAAUAGCCCUAUUGGCACUUUUGUUUCUGGUCUUGAGAGCAUUUACGCUAGUGACUUAGAUAGUGGAAAAAAUUCGGUUCAAAACUACAGCAUCGUGGCUGGAAACGAGGCGGGGAAGUUUGAAGUCGAUUUCCAUGUACUUUCUGGUUUGAAAUUUUUACGCCUAAAAACCAAGGCGCCCAUCGACAGAGAAGAAACACCGUUUUUUGUCUUGACAGUGAAGGUUGAAGACGGGGGAACUCCGCAACUUUCAAGCACUGCUCAAAUACGAGUAAAUAUUCUUGACGAGAAUGAUCAAACGCCGAAGUUUGGACUGCCUACUUACUCGGUUGCUGUCAGUGAAAAUGUACUCGUGGGAACUUCGGUUUUGAAAGUAAACGCUUUUGAUGUGGACAUUAGCAGGAACGCUGAAAUUUAUUAUUAUUUUAAACCUGCUCACGACUUCUUUACAGUAAAUGCUCAUACAGGCAUAGUAGAGACAGCAUGUGAGCUAAAUUUCCAGAAGGGAAGUUCCUUUGAUCUUACGAUUUAUGCAAUGGAUCGUGGAAGAAAUCCGCGGCAAGCAAAGACUAUCGUGCGAAUUCGUCUUGUGGAUAUCGCAGGUUUUCCGCCGUCUUCCCUGGGAGUAAUUUCUAGUGAAAGGACACCACCUGUCUUCCGUAAACACAAGUAUUUCGUGAGAAUAAGAGAAGAUUUUCCUGUUGGAGGUGCCAUUGUUCGAGUGGAGGCUCAUCAGGGAAGCGGGUUUUACACAGAAGAAAAAGCUUGGAGAUAUGUAAUUUUGAACAAACCGUCUAUUAUUCAAACAAUUUUCGACAUUAAUCCUCGAAGCGGGGUAAUUACUCUCCUUGAACCCUUGGAUUAUGAAAACAAAACCUCGUUUUCUGUCAUCGUUAAAGUGAAAGACGAGGAGUCUAAAGAUUUUUAUGAAUCACAAGCGCGGGUAGAGAUUGUAAUUGAAGAUGUCAAUGAAAAUUAUUUCCCGCCAAUUUUUGCCCGUUCUACGUUGAUCGUUCCGAUUUCAGAGAAUGACCGCGAAGAUUCUCUUGUUGCAAAGAUUUCAGCCACUGAUGCUGACGAAGGAAGUAACGGACAAAUUACUUACUCUAUUACGGGAGGAUCUGGAGUGGGAAAAUUUAAUAUCGAUAGAGACAAUGGGAAAAUACGAUCUCUUGUUCCAUUCAACCUUGAAAUGGCCUCGCAAUUUGACUUACACGUGCGGGCUAGCGACCGUUCAAAACAACCGCUUCAUUCCAAUUCAUUCAUGUUGGUUAGAUUACAAAGCGGCAGACAAAAAAGGCCAUUCUUUUCAAAUCCAAAGCAGGUUGUCAGUGUUCGAGAAAACAGCGAAAAGGGGACGUUCGUGGCUUUGGUUCGAGCGAGUCUACGUGAAGGAAGGUCAAGAAGCGAAACGCCAUUGGAGUAUUUUUUCUCAGGCGGAAAUCAAGGCGGAAUAUUUUCGUUGAAUUCCACUUCAGGCAAGUAUGUUUCUUUUUAA